AUGUCGGACCUCCCGCCAUUCUCCCGCGCUGAUGAGGUGCAAAACCUUCUCAAAGCCGUCGAAGACCUCUUGAUCCCGUUUAUCAGAUCCGCAGACCAAAACAUCGGAGCCAAUGGAGCGACGGGAAGCUCGCUAGUAGAAUACAAGAAGCCCGAGGUACUACGCGAUAUCCUGCAGUUGGAGAUCCCAGAGCAAGGCAGGCGUCAAGAGGGCCUCAUUGAGGUCUUGCAAAAGGUCCUCCAGUACUCAGUCAACACCUGGCACCAGGGCUUCCUGGACAAGCUGUAUGCGUCCACCAAUGCUCCCGGUGUGGCCGCGGAGCUCAUUCUCGCAACUUUGAACACCAAUGUCCAUGUCUAUCAGGUCUCGCCUGCCUUGACCGUCAUCGAGAAGUACACAGGUCAGCGGCUAGCGAACCUCUUUGGCCUCAAUGGCCCGCGAGCAGGCGGAAUCUCGGUGCAGGGUGGUUCGGCUUCAAACACCACUUCCAUUGUCAUUGCGCGUAACAACCUGUACCCUGAGACAAAGAAGGAGGGUAACGGCGGGUACCGAUUUGUGCUGUUCACAAGCGCACACGGUCAUUACAGUGUUGAGAAGGCGGCGCAGAUGCUGGGCUUUGGUAGCAGUGCUGUUUGGCCAGUCCCCAUUGACAAGCAGGGGCGGAUGAUCCCAUCGGAGUUGGAAAAGCUGGUUCAGAAAGCCCACGGUGAGGGCCGCACGCCGUUCUAUGUGAACGCCACCGCCGGAACAACGGUGAUGGGCUCCUUCGACCCUUUUAACGAGAUUGCGGCCAUUUGCAAAAAGUACAACCUGUGGUUCCACAUUGACGGAUCCUGGGGUGGUUCUUUUGUCUUCUCUCAGCGACAGAUUCACAAGCUUGCUGGUUCAGAGAAGGCGGAUAGUAUUGCCAUCAACCCACACAAGAUGCUCGGCGCCCCGGUCACUUGCUCGUUCCUGCUGGCUUCGGAUAUGCGCCAGUUCCACCGUGCCAACACCCUCCCUGCGGGCUAUCUUUUCCACAACGAAGAUACAGAAGAGAAGACGAAUGGCGAUGUCCACGAAUCAGAGAUCGAGGUUGACUCACCGGAAGUGUGGGAUCUCGCUGACCUGACGCUCCAAUGUGGUCGCCGUGCUGAUUCAUUGAAACUGUUCCUGGGUUGGACGUACUAUGGUAGUGAGGGAUACGCGCAACAAAUUGAUUCUGCAUGUGAGGUGGCUGCUUACCUCGCCACGCUUGUGGAGAAAAACCCGAACUUUAUCCUGGUGAGCGAAAAUGCGCCUCCCUGCUUGCAAGUCUGCUUCUACUAUGCCCCUGGCAAGCAAUUCGUGCACCCGCGUGGUUCUGUGUCAAACGAGACCCAGCGUGGCAAGGAUAAUAGCAAGGUCACCGAGAAAAUCACCCAUGCUAUCGUUCCUAAGGGCUUCAUGGUCGAUUUCGCACCACCCAGUGGAGAUGAGGAUGCAGUAGGAAAUGGCAAGUUCUUCCGCUGUGUCGUGAACGUCAUGACCAGCAAGGAGACGGUUGACUCCCUUAUCUCUGCCAUUGAGGAGACCGGCCCGGGAAUAAUUGAGAGUUUGAAGGCUGACGGUUUACCGCCUUGCUAA